UGGCGGCGGCUCGCCCCUCUGCUUCCGGGUGCCCCGAAACUGGGGGUUUGCGGAAGGUCCUCGGGCGUGGGGUUAUUUAAGGCCAGCCGGCCGGCCAAGAUGGCAGCGAUGGGAGGAAGUUCGCCGAGUAUCGUGGAAUACUGUGGGGGUGAUGGAGGCUACCGUUGCGGCUAUUGCAAGAACGAUACCGGCAACCUCUCUCACGGCAUGUGGGCUCAUUCACUGACUGUUCAAGAUUAUCAAGAUCUUAUAGACAGAGGAUGGCGAAGGAGUGGGAAAUACGUUUACAAACCCACUAUGAAUCGAACAUGUUGUCCUCAAUAUACAAUAAGAUGCCAGGCGUUACUUUUCCAGCCUUCCAAAUCUCAUAAGAAGGUUCUAAAGAAGAUGCUGAAAUUCUUAACAAAAGGGGAACUUUCUAAAAUAGAUAGCGAAGUAGAGCCCAUGGAUUCCCACACCAAAGAUGCUGAUGGCUGCAGUCUUUUGUUCAAAAGUGAACCAGACACCAGCCAGUCUGAACUAGAACCACUCAAUCAUACAGAGAAGGUAGAGACUGAAGAUGAAGAAAUAAAAGGAGAAAAAAGUAUGACGGAAGUAGACUAUGAACAUAUUGAAUCAUGCAGUGAUAAAGCUAGUGCCAACUCCAGCAAGCCAUUGCAGUCAGCUAAAGUAAAUCAUGCAAGUCCCAAACCAGGCAAAGGAGCUGACUUGAGUAAACCUCCUUGCCGUAAAGCCAAGGACAUACGGAAGGAACACAAGCUUCAGAGGAGCCUUCAGAACCAGACACAGAACCCUGCGUUUCGAGUAGAGGCUCAGAAUAUACUUGGUCAGAGUGCUAACCCUAAAACAAACCAGCCCAAAUCAGUGGAAGACUUCAUUUUUGUCUCUUUACUUCCUGAAGCUCUGCACCAGUUAGAGGUGAGGUUAGUGCCAGUUUCUUUUGAGGACCCACAGUUCAAAUCAUCUUUCACCCAGUCUGCCUCUUUAUUUGCCAAGUAUCAGAUGGCUAUACACAAGGACUCUCCUUUUGAAUGUAACGAGGACCAGUUCACACGAUUCCUCUGUGACUCUCCACUUGAGGCAGAAAAUCUACCUAAUGGUCCGGAUUGUGGCUAUGGUUCUUUCCACCAACAGUAUUGGUUUGAUGGAAAGAUAAUUGCUGUGGGUGUAAUUGACAUCCUUCCAAAGUGUGUAUCCUCUGUGUAUCUCUACUAUGAUCCUGAUUAUUCUUCUCUGUCUUUAGGAGUCUACUCUGCAUUAAGGGAAAUUGCUUUUACUAGGCAACUUCAUGAAAAGGCCUCUGACCUAAGCUAUUACUACAUGGGAUUUUAUAUUCAUUCGUGCCCUAAAAUGAGAUACAAGGGCCAGUAUAGACCUUCUGAGCUGCUCUGUCCAGAGACAUAUGCUUGGGUACCCAUUGAGCAGUGCCUGCCUUCUCUUGAGCAUUCAAAAUAUUCUCGCUUCAAUCAGGAUUUAAAAGCAGAUGAUGAAGGGUAUGUGAAGGAACUAGAUCGAGUUUGGAUCCUCCACAAGAGAACAGCCAUGCGUUACAGUGUGUAUAAGAGAAGACGGAAGGGACCAAGUGAUGAAGAAAGUGUUCGCCAAUAUGCAACUUUGGUGGGGCAGGCAUGUUCAGAGCGGAUGUUGCUUUUUAGAAGUUGAAGUGUUCAUUCUGUGGGUGUUCUUUGGAACAAUAUCUUAUUGCACUACUGCUGGAUUGUGUAGCCCUGCAGUUUGACAUUGACAUCCUGUUGGAAGUAGAGGCACAUUAAGUACUUCUUUAUGCUUAUAGGAAAUGAAUGCUUUGCCAUAUCUUUAAAGGAAAUACCAUUUUUGACAAUUUAUGUCAAUAUAAUGAUCUUUUGUUUUAUUUCAUAAUCCUAAUUCCCUCCUUGCUUUCUGAGAAAUGUGCAUGGUGUGAAGUGCAUAAGUGAUGGGAACAUUUUUUUUCUGUUUGGUUGUGUAGAUACCUAUUAGGGAGAAGAUUUAAAGUCAUUUGGGUGCUGAAAUGUAUGAAAGCUGUCAUUAAAUGUAUGUAAUUCCACAAAUUUAAUAUCUUCUUUCACUGUUAUAGGAGAAUUAAAUGUGCAGUUGCAUGUUAAUAUUAUUCCAGAACCCAGUUAAACUAGGGUGCUUGGAGUUAAGAAUGUGUUUGUUCUAUUCCAUUCAAUGGCAAAAACCAAAUUCUUUUGUAUUGUGGAUCUGGCUUAUAGAAUCUAUGCUAUAUGACAUACCAUAAAGCCAUCUAAUAAUCUAUGCACUGUACAUUUUAGACAUUCACUGCAAAAAGAAUUAUGUUUGCUUUAAAUACUGUUUAUACCUGUCUCAAAAUACUAAGGAACUUGGAGAUUUGAAUUGAUUUUUGUAAUUCAGUUGGUACUUGGGGAAAUAUUAGAAUUGAAGUCAAGGAUAGGUUUAUGGUUAAUUUACCAAAGAGAUUACUUUAAAUAAGACAGCAGGAUACAUCUUGAUGUACAUCCCAGUUUUGAUUGUUGUUUUGUAGUCUUAAUGUCUAUUUGUGUUCAUUGCAAAAAUUGUGGAAUUUUCCAGCAAAAAACCCAAUAAACAGUUUGACAUUGA